AUGGGCAGGGAUGCCCCCCCCAAGUGCCACGAGCAGCGAAAACCAGAGUACCAUGCGCCUCGGACUCGCCCUCCUCACGAUGCCAGCAGCGAAGCGCGCAACCUCCGCCUCACGCCCACCACCGAUUCUGAGGAGAGAGGAAACUACCGGUUCCACCAGCUGGGCGCCCCCAUCAAAGCCCCCGAAGUACCUGUCGACUCGUCCAAGUGGAAUAAAUUCAUGAAGAAGGUGCUGACCGUCGUUCUCCCCGAUACAAGCAAGAUCGAGGGCAAGAUAAUCUACAACAACGGCCAGUGGAGAUUCAAGACGAACCAUUGA